AACUGCGCACGCGCGCUCCCGCCUCCCGCGUCCCGCACAUGCGCAGUGCCGACUGGCGGCAACUAUGGCGGGCCCUGCGCCGGGAUCCAUCAUGGCGGAAGAGUACUUCGGCAACGCCGCGGAGUGGGGAGAAGAGGCGGACGGCGGCCAGCAGCAGGAAGAUGAUUCCGGAGAAGGAGAAGAUGACGCUGAGGUGCAGCAGGAAUGUCUGCAUAAGUUCUCCACCCGGGACUACAUCAUGGAGCCCUCCAUCUUCAACACCCUGAAGAGGUAUUUUCAGGCAGGAGGGUCUCCCGAGAAUGUCAUCCAGCUGUUAUCUGAGAACUAUACCGCUGUGGCACAGACUGUGAACCUGCUGGCCGAGUGGCUCAUUCAGACAGGAGUUGAGCCAGUACAGGUUCAGGAGACUGUGGAGAAUCACUUGAAAAGCUUAUUGAUCAAGCAUUUUGACCCUCGCAAAGCAGAUUCCAUUUUCACCGAGGAAGGAGAGACCCCAGCUUGGCUUGAGCAGAUGAUUGCCCACACCACGUGGCGAGAUCUGUUCUACAAACUGGCUGAAGCCCAUCCCGACUGCCUGAUGCUCAACUUCACUGUGAAGCUCAUUUCUGAUGCGGGGUAUCAAGGAGAGAUCACCAGCGUGUCCACCGCGUGCCAGCAGCUGGAAGUGUUCUCCAGAGUGUUGCGGACGUCCCUAGCCACCAUCUUGGAUGGGGGAGAGGAAAACCUUGAAAAAAAUCUCCCUGAGUUUGCAAAGAUGGUGUGCCACGGGGAGCACACGUACCUGUUUGCACAGGCCAUGAUGUCGGUGCUGGCCCAGGAGGAGCAGGGCGGCUCUGCAGUGCGCAGGGUGGCCCAGGAGGUGCAGCGCUUCGCCCAGGAGAAAGGCCAUGAUGCCAGUCAGAUCACACUGGCCUUGGGCACAGCCGCCUCCUACCCACGCGCCUGCCAGGCACUCGGGGCCAUGCUGUCCAGGGGUGCCCUGAAUCCUGCAGACAUCACUGUCUUGUUCAAGAUGUUCACCAGCAUGGACCCGCCUCCCGUUGAACUUAUCCGGGUGCCAGCCUUCCUGGACCUGUUCAUGCAGUCCCUGUUUAAGCCGGGGGCCAAGAUCAACCAGGACCACAAGCACAAAUACAUCCACAUCUUGGCAUACGCCGCAAGUGUGGUUGAGACCUGGAAGAAGAACAAGCGGGUUAGCAUCGGUAAAGAUGAGCUGAAGUCCACGUCGAAGGCUGUGGAAACGGUCCACAGUCUGUGUUGCAAUGAGAACAAAGGAGCCUCUGAGCUGGUGGCAGAACUGAGCACUCUUUACCAGUGCAUUAGGUUUCCAGUGGUGGCGAUGGGUGUGCUGAAGUGGGUGGAUUGGACUGUGUCGGAGCCCCGAUACUUCCAGCUGCAAACUGAUCACACUCCGGUUCACCUGGCUUUGCUGGAUGAGAUCAGCACCUGCCACCAGCUCCUGCACCCCCAGGUCCUGCAGCUGCUCGUUAAGCUUUUUGAGACUGAGCACUCACAGCUGGAUGUGAUGGAACAGCUCGAGUUGAAGAAGACCCUGCUGGACAGAAUGGUUCACCUACUGAGCCGGGGUCACGUCCUUCCAGUAGUCAGUUACAUCCGAAAGUGUCUGGAAAAGCUGGACACCGACAUUUCCCUCAUUCGCUAUUUCGUCACUGAGGUCCUGGACGUCAUCGCCCCGCCAUAUACCUCUGACUUUGUGCAUCUUUUCCUCCCCAUCUUGGAGAACGACAGCAUUGCAGGCACCAUCAAAGCCGAGGGUGAGCACGACCCCGUGACAGAAUUCAUAGCGCACUGCAAGUCCAACUUCAUCAUGGUGAGCUGAGCCAGAGCAUUCAGAGCUGAGGCAGCGCCUUCUGGGCCAGGCUAAGGACUGGAGGGCCCUUCCAGAAAACUGCUAUUAGAAGAGGCUCAGCCAGACUCUAGCACAUGGAGUCUCCUGGGAGGAGUGGACAGUUGUCCUUACAAGGAACUUGUUAGCAGUGCCCGGGGGGAGCUGGCUCUGAUGGACAGCCCCUUCUUUGAUGUCAGUGUGUCAGUGCAGUCCUGUGCCACAUCCCACAUGCAGGGUGUUUCCCUCAGUAUAACCUCAGAGGAACCCAGUGGGCAUCGGGCAGUGGGGACCUAGAAGCUAGAACCCUUCCACGAACCAAUUUCAAGCUUGACUUCAGUGUUCUCUCAAGAACCCAGUUGAUUAGUAGAUGUUUUAUUGUAGUUAUAAAUUUGCUAAGAGUAAUACAUCUUGAAGAAGCCCUUCUGCUA